AUGGACGACAGAUCCGACUGUCGCAGCACCAGUCGGUCUCAUCAUCACGAUGAUGACAGACACUCUCGUAAACACAGACUCGAGGUUUCUGAAAAACCUCAUUCUUCCGAUUCCGACACAUCAAGAGAUAAACCUCGCAAGAGUCGUUCUAGGCACAAGAGUUCUGCAAAGAAAUCCAGAUCACAAAGCAUUGAUUCCAUCUCAUCCACUGGCUCUUCAGUCUCUAGUACAGAUAGCAGCAGAAGUGGUCGUCGCUCUCGAGAUAAAAAACACAAGAGCAAGAAACACAAAAAGGAUCGAUCUGGCGAUGACAGGAAGCAUAAGAAGUCCAAAAAGGACAAGAAGAGCAAGAAGGAUCGGAAGAGCAGAAAGGACAAGGAUAGAAAGACAUCUUCCUUGUCAUUGACCAACCAGUAUGGGUCCAAAGGCAUUAUUUCUGCUACAGAUAUCUACUCUAAAGAAGCCGAGUUCCGCAGUUGGUUGAUUGAUAUCAAGAAUAUUGCUGCAGAUGCUUUGGAUGCUCGUGCUACCAAGGAAUACUUUCUCGAAUAUAUGGAAGAUUAUAACACUGCAACCCUUCCACAUGAAAAAUAUUACAAUCUUUCCACCUGGGAGCGUUUAAAUCGAAGUGGUCAAAUAGAAUCCUACUCUGGCGAAAUUGACUUGGCAAAAGACGAAGAACGAGUGCGGAGUUCGACAAGAGCCAAAGGCACAGCUAUUGAAUUGGCGUUUUCUAGAAAUGAGCUAGAGGGAUUAAGAAAACUACAGGAGGAGCGAAUUGCUGCAGAUCGCCUUCGUAAAAUGGGUUUCCAGCCCAAGGAUAGCAUGGGUGUGCGAUAUGAAUAAAUAGCAACCCUCUGUCCAUAACUUUGUAAACUUGGGCAUACACUACUAUAAUGAAAAGCAUCAAGCCCAAUAUCUAGUCAUCCAAAGCGACAAUAGAAAUAGUCAAACUUGACGAAUGAAUACUAUAUGAAAACA